GUUAAACGGUGCAGAACGCUUCACAUGCCCAUGGUGUGGGUGCGAGCUUCGAACGCCUGUCGGUCCAUCGUUGGUGCUUUUUAAUUCAGUCUGUCUCGAGUUAUCGGUACAGAUACCAGUGGUUUUGUGGUCUCUUCAAGAUUAAGCAUCACUACUUCAUUCAAAGCUUUCAGAGGAUAUUCGGAGUGAGGUUGAAUGUCAGGUGGCCGGUGCAUAGCAUAACUAGUCAAUUUUGAGAUUAUCCUGAGUGAUCUGUUAUUUAUUUUUGAAAAAAUGAGCCUUCGCUGGAUUCAGGAGAACCGGACAGCCCCAACGUGCGACGAAGAAUCCAGUGACAUUGAAAAUAGUGGUACUGAUGACAGUUACGACACAGAUUUAUCGAUAAAUAACGAUGAGAAUGACAACUCGGGUAAACGAAGGGAGAAACGUAAUACAACACGGCAUUCAACCACAACGGUCACCUUCGAUGAAAACGGGACAACUGUUCGUGAUAAUACUCAUGUUGUGGAGAAAACAUCUCCCUGUUUAAUUUGGGAUCCACGCACUUCCGUUCAGAACCCAGCUUAUCAGUGUCGAUUGAUAAAGUUAUUCUGUCGAACCGGGUAUCAUCUGACGUUAUCACCUGCUGGACGGGUGUGUGGACAGACGAAUAUCGAUGAUCAAAUAGCAUUAUUCAAUGUAUCAUCAGUAUCCUUCGGAGUAAUUAGAAUACAAAAUCCGGAAACCGGUCAUUUUCUAGCGUUCAACAAAAAAGGACACCUCUACGGUGAGUUAAAAGAGCACAAAGACACCACAGAAUGGGAGCAGUGGAGUAUCGGUUCAUACGAGGCAUUCAGAUCCCACAAAUAUGCAGCUGAGGGCUGGUGGAUUGGGAUAAAGAAGAAUGGGAGGCCAAAAGCAGGGCCAAAAACCGCAUGGGGACAAAAAGCAAUUCAGUUCCUAGUUAUUGGACAUCAAUAGAGUAUUCUGAAUCUAUUCACCAUUGGUUCACAAAAAAAUUCAGCUUUUAGUUUUCAAUAUUUAUUAUCAUACCGUGACUUAACAAUGGAAUCAUCUUAGAAUUGUGCAGUCAUUGUGCUUGUGCUCGUGAGUCUCCACUUCACGAUUAGCAAGUUACAUUAUGAUACUCGUAUUAGAUCAUCAUCUCAAGUCAUCAGUUGUCUGUAUCCACGUACACACGAAUAAGCAGCAAAUAAUAUGUAUAAGAAAGAGCGAAAUAUAUCGUCAAACAUU